AUGGAGCAGCCCUUGUACAAUGAGUAUGCCGCGCAAUUGGCCGAUCAGCAGUACCGUGCACAGUACGAGACGGAGGUGCAUUUCCAGAAAUGCUUUGGCGUCAUGGACGAGCUCUUCGAGGCCCACGACUACCUCAUAGGCCUGGUGCCCGAGAAUGGCUUCCGCUUUUUGGACCUGGGCUGUGCACCUGGAGGAUUCAGUUCGUACCUCUUGCAGGAUGCCCGGUGUCAGAUGGGCUUUGGCGUGACCUUGCCAUCGUCACUGGGAGGUUUUCCCAUGCGCCUGCGGUGUCCAAACUUCCUCCUGCAGCAAGGGGACUUGUUUGAACUGGGUCCUCAAGAUCUGGUGGCGAAAGAGGUGCACGUCUGCAUUUGCGAUGCCCAGUACAUGCGGAAUGAAGUGGCCUGGGAUGAGAAGUACACCGGAGUCAGGUGUCGCAGCAAGCAGCAUGGCGUCUGGGCACUGCUGGUCAAACAGUUCUGGCUAGGUUUAAGUCGACUUUUGCCCGGGGGAAUGCUGAUCUUCCGCUUCGGCUGGCGGGACGGGCCACCCGAGGACCUGGCCACGGUGUGGUACAAGCAAUGCACCUUGCGGCUCUUUGCGUUGCUCCACGACUUGUUCGCUCAGGUGAAGGAUGUGAAGUCGGAUCAUUUUAAUGCACUUCAAAGCUCCUUCUACGUGUGCUGUUCAGGCUUUGAUCGGAGGAAAUUUGAAGAUCGCGAAGUCGCCAAGUUGUUGGGCAACACCUUUAACUAUUUAGUCACCACUCGGAUCGGCGACCCCAACCAGCUGGAGAUUUUGCAGCAGGUGGAUAGCAUCAGGACCAGUGAGCUGGAUGAGAACAUCACACAGAUGCUGGACCGUAUUGAGAAGCUUCGGCUGAUCCACGAGCAGAGCAGAAAGUGGCAUGAACGAUGGGAAGACCAGGCACCUACAGUGGUCACUGUGCCACCGAGCUAUCAGCCACUCGAAGGCUAUCAAGAUCGGACUCGCCAGAUCAUCACUCAGCUCCUAAAACCCAAACCCUAA